GGUCAUCCAUUAGGGCAAAGGUCACACAGUCUGUUUCCGUUUCCGGAUAUCCCACAGGGAGAUCCAAACACGUGCAUGUGCUAAGCUUUAAUGCAGAGUAUUUUCAGCUCAAAGUUGAAAAUAUGUGCAUGAUGAGACUCUAAACCGGCAUCGAGGGCAGUGCACAGACUAACUCAGCAGUAGAGUCUGUGGACGAGGACUGAUCUCAACUCGUCAACUUCACUUGGAGCUCGAGCGAGCGUGGUGUCACUUCUCAGUCGUCAAACUGAACUUCAUCACUUUUCAUAAAUUACAUGUACUAUGCAAUAGUAUGUUCAUUAUUUGAGGCCUACAACGUUUCAUGCCAAACUUGGGAUAACGUAGUAGGUCUUUCACAUAUGAUAUUAGUACUAGUAGACCAAACAAAGUCAUGGCAGCCACACUAGAAUCUGCUGAAUCUGCAGAGGGCACAGGUCAUCACCAUGGUAACCAAAGACAGAGGGAGCAUCAGAGGCUGACCAUUGGUGGAAAAGGAUCGGCAGCAGGACAAUUUAAGCAUCCGUUUGGUGUAGCAGUGUCAGAUGAUGGGGAGAUCUUUGUUGCAGACUGUGGGAACAAAAGAAUCCAGGUCUUCACCCUGCAGGGAUCAUUUGUCCGCCAGUUCCCAACAGCUGUGCCAGGGAAAGGGAGGAUGUUCGUCAGCGAUGUCGCGUUGGAUGCAGUAGGAAACCUUUGGGUUAUGCAGUGGGCAAAGUAUAGCAAAGACUUUGAACAUGUUGUGCAGUACAGCCCACAGGGUAGGAUGCUGAGAAAGAUUGAUCUGAAGAGGACAUACAUUCACAGAGGAGUUGCUGUGAACACCUUGACGAACCACAUCCUUAUAACGCAGAUCACAAGGGAUGAGAACAAUGACACAUAUGGGGAACUGCUGGUUUACCGGCCAGACGGGACUUUUGUGCGGACAUUAGGUGUUGAAGAGGAGAUGGUUUCCCCAUGGUCCAUCGCUGUGACUGAGGAUGGAAACAUUUACGUGUCUGACAAUAACAAAAGUUACAUUUAUGUGUACAACAAAGACGGACAGUUUCUGUUUAAGUUCGGCGGCAAUGGGAGUGGUGAAGGUCAGCUGAAGUAUCCCCGUGGCAUCUGUGCAGACAAGGCAGGAAACAUUGUCGUGGCUGAUGCCAGUAACAGCCGUGUGGAGAUGUUUGACAAGAAUGGCGGGUUCCUGAAACACAUCACAACAGAUAUAGAGACACCAUGGAUCCCAGCCAUGACAAUGCAAGGACAGCUUGUGGUCACUGAUGAUGUCAAGAACACAGUAGAAAUAUUUCACUAGACUUCUAAACCCGAGUCAGGAAAUGAUUUGCAUUGUUGAUUUAUGAAAUGUUAAUUUUUACAUCUUUGCCAAUGCCACAUCACUAUGUGUACAUUAAACUCCUAAAGCUUAGAGUGAGGAAAUGUUAUUUACAUUAGUUAUUCUAAAACUAGAUGUAGACCGUAGACAAACAUUGUAAUAAUUAUGUUAACUUUUUUGAUACAUCACAUGCAUGUACUGUACACUAUGAAAAAGUUACCUUUGUUGUCAGCCUUAUUACCUAUAAUCUAACGCUAGCUGUAGACUGUUGAUUAACAAACAUUAUAAUAUGUUAAAUUUCUUGAUAUGUCACAUGCAUGUACUAUACAGUAUACACUUAGAAAACUUGCCUUUGU